AUGAUGAUUUUCGUCGUCUGGACAGCUCUUCCUCUGUUCUCCAGUGGUGGAAAUGCCUCGUCAGUAUGCGUGCCGGCUUCGCUCCUACGUGUAUCUCCAGAACUUAUAAAAAACUUUACUUAUUCCUAUGUCAUUCAACUCUCAAAGACUGUUGUUGAAACACAAGCAAACUUUGUAAGUGAAAUUAAUAGUUUAAAAUAACCCUCACUCGGCUACUCAGCAGCAAAUGCCCAGAUCGAUAGUCCCCUUGAUCUUAUUUGCUGAAUCAGUAAUGCCUUAUUCCAACCGACUUUUUGUUCUUCUCUCCCACUCUGUUAUUAAGUCAAAGGCUUUGUUAAGCUGUUGUUAAAGAGUGAAUCAUCUUAUAUUUGGCGUGUUGGGGAAUAAAAGUAUCAGAGAACCUAAACUGAAGAAAGUACACGGAAGUUUAUGCUCAACAGUCAACUGCGAAACUGCUUAACCGCCUUACCCUUGAAAAUGAUGAGUAGCUUCUCCACCCUUGCCGUUUUAAAAUUUGGAAACAAAAAUGUCAGAGUUAUGUUGCUUUAUUUCGCCCUUUUUUUAUAAAAUAAGAAAGAUUCGAAGUGCUAUCACUCGUUUCAAAUUAAAAACCGCUUACUGCUGAAAUAUUUAUCGGUAGCACUAGCUGAAACCACCUUAAGAGAUCAUGGCAGCGACCCUUAAGAAUUUUAGCGUUUAUUUAUAAUCUUGUUAAUUUUUAUGAUUUUUAGGAUUCAAUAUCCUCGUCUUAAACGUUCAAUGUGAUUCAAUUUAUCUCUGUCUAAUAAUACUUUGUCCCGUUUUGUUUUCAGGCCCAGGUUCGUCUUGGUGACAGAGAUUACGACGAAUAUCUGCGCCGAAUUCCACUACUACCUCGACCAAUACACCAACCAGAAAAGAUACCGGUAAGUACCGGUAAUCUUUUACAUAAGUUAGAAAUGUUGAAGGUCGCUUGUGCUUAAAAAUAGGAUUAUGUCUUCGGCAACAAUUGUAGAUAACAAGGCCGAAAAUUACAAACUUGAAAAACUUUGACAUGAAACCAGUUAAAUUUUUUAUCAAAAGUUAAGAUAUUGCUUCAGCUUUUGGUUUAAGAUCAAUAAUCGCUAAUCCUUAGACCGUUAAUUUUAAUUCCAACGAGCAGAGGUUUGGCUGCUCUAGUGGAAGCUUUCUAACUUGACAUUAAUCAGGAUCAUAUAUUUUGGUUGGCAAACACACAUCAUGCUCUAUCAGCGAUAGCAGCUCUUGUGAUCUUUUCUCCCUAAGUUAAUUAAGCUCACACAAGUUUUGUCCUUGCAUCAAUCCUUUGUAUAUUCAGACAGUGCACCAGUUACUCCUUGUUGUAAUUGUAACAGGAUCAUUUUUUAAAGGGUUAAAGAAUUCAUCCGAAAGGGAUACAGAACGACAUUAAACCUAAAAAUAGGAUAGAUGCAAGACAGUCCACGACUUUCAUUUUGAGUAUGCAAAUUUUCGACUAAGGGCUUUUAUGAUCCAUUCAACCAUAAAAAGUAAAUACCACCAAAAGAACAGAUUUCUUGGAAUCGAAGAUGGAAAGUGUGUUUCCGGUAUUAAAUACACAGCGAAUGAAGUUAUGAAACAUCUGAUUUUAUUUAUUUGUCUUUUUAUUUAAUACAUGUUUUUCUUUUAGGAAGAAACGCUCCUUCAGAUGGAAAUAAAAGAUCUCCUCACCUUUAAAGAAUUUAUCAAGGAGAUGAAAACUCACGAGAAGAAGGACAGUUUAUUUUUGGCCAAGUUCGAAACCAUUGAUGGAAAAAUCAACAGGUUAAUUGGCAGCCUUCGGGAUCUGGUACGUGAAUCAGAAUAGUAAAUUACUAGUUAAUACUACUUAAGGCCAGCAAAAGCGGUUGCAAUCAGUGGUUUCAUUCAUUUAGUCGAUUUAUCAAGAUGUCAGUUAUUGUAUGAGUUUAACGUAACCCUUACUAGUAUGUGAUUGCUGCCUUGUUCUCGUCCUAUCUGUCAUUAUUGUAAACGCAUUUGUACAUGUCUUUAUGAACACAGAGGCUGUUUAUUUUUCCUCAAAUCUUUUAAGGGAGUUGCUGGACAUUCAGAUAUGUUUUCUUUCCUGCCCUAUAUAAUACUAUAAUACUAUUAUGAAAACCGAAGACUACGUCAUACUGAUAAUAAAGUUUUUACCAUACUUUCCUUAUCUCUCAUACAAACUGUUCUUUUUUCUUUCUUUGCAUAGGAAAACUGUCGUGGUUAUCAAGUCACGUAUCAAGGUGCCUCUGUCCAGCCCACCCUCAAACCUACCGCCACACAGAAAGAACAGGACAAAUGGGAACUGGGGGUGAUGAGAGAAUUGUGGCAUUGGUUGAUACCAGUACAAGGAGAACUUUACAAGCAGUUGAACCACAAAUACUAG